GCUACCCGUGUUCCGAUGAAAUUGAAGACAGAGCGAAUGGGUUACGAGGAAUGCGUGGGAGUAAGUCGAUUACUCUUGAGCUUGAUCGGAGUUUGGCCGCAGUCGCAUGGAAAAGGAAAUUUUUUCAAGCGAAACUAUGUUUUCGUGACACCGACUAUGAUAUUUUUCAUUUUGAUUGUUCCUCAAGUAAGGAAAUUACUUUACAUCUGGCGGGAUUUGAAUGCUGUUGUGGAUAUCUUGUCGAUUGGAUUGAUCAUAGUCAUCAUAUGCUUUUUGAAGUUUUUAAGAGUUUGGUGCAAUUAUGCAGAUUUCAACGUUCUUCUGAAAAGUGUUCACAAUGACUGGAAAAUCGCCACGGAAAAUGAACAGAUAUUAAUGUGGAAAUACGCGCGAUACAGCCGAUUAGUCGCCACAGUGAGCAUUUGUUCACUCCUGUCUAAUUGUCAUUUACUUCACACUUGGGCUAUCGUACAAUAUCACUUUGAUUUGAAAUCGCUAUGUGAGAAUGAGACUAUGGAUAGACCAUUCGCCAUGGAGAUGGAUUACUAUUUCGACGUACAAUCGACUCCAGUAUACGAAAUUAUGUGCUUACUCAUUUAUUUAGCCAUCAUCUCAGCUUGUUUAAUCUACGCUGGUUACGAUAGCGUUUUCGUACUAUUGAUGCUACAUUACACCGCUCUCUUUAACAAUUUACGCGUUAAAGUUGAAAAUCUUGUGGAGGAUCAAAUGGCUAAACAAUGCUCGUUUGUUGACGUACUUGUACCAUUGAUCAAUCGUCAUCAGUACUUGUGCAGGUACACUUCUCUUGUCGAAAAAAACUUUAACGGCGUAUUUCUCGUACAAAUUUUGUUUACAUCUAUUCAUUUAUGUCUGCAAGGCUAUGAAUUCGUCGUUGUCAUAUCAAAAAAUGGUUUGAAAGAACUACCUCAGUUACUUUUUAUAAUUUUCUACGUAUUUACAAGUCUCUUCAGCCUAUUCAUUUAUUGCUUUAUUUCUGAGCAACUGCGGAUACAAAGUGGUGACUUAUAUACAUCUAUUUACAAAGUGAAUUGGUAUGAGCUGUUUCCAUAUGAAUCAAAAUUACUUCUUCUCAUGAUGAUUCGUACCGAAAAUCCAGUAAAUAUUACUGCUGGAAAAUUCGCUAUCUUAUCAUUAGAAUACUUUUGUAAAGUUUUAAAAUCUUGCGCCAGUUUUUUUUCAGUACUACUUGCCAUGCGAGAUAAUGUUAUUAAUAACUGAAGAAAAGCAAAAGUAUCAGUCAUUGCAAAUAUAUUUAUUAAUUAUUUUCAUUAAAAAACUAUUUUGAAAUU